GAUUCCAGCUGAAAGCCAUUUUGUUUUUCAGGAGGCUGCAAGGGUGUCCUCUGUGCGCUUGCACAGACGCAGCAGCUAGAAUUGGCGCGGUUCUGUCUUCAUCGCUACGAUGUUUCCCUUGGCUAAAACCGCACUAAGUCGUCUCCAAGUUCGAAGCAUUCUGCAAACAAUGGCAAGGCAGAGCCACCAGAAACGGGCACCCGAUUUCCAUGACAAAUAUGGUAAUGCUAUAUUAGCAAGUGGAGCCAUUUUCUGUAUUUCUACAUGGACAUAUACAGCAACACAAAUUGGAAUAGAAUGGAACCUGUCCCCUGUUGGCAGAGUCACCCCAAAGGAAUGGAGAGAUCAAUAAUCAUGCCAGCUGGUAUAAUAAUCAAUGAGUUGUUUAAAAACCAACGCACAAGUGAUGCCAAGUAAAAGAAUCAUGUAUUAAAAUUGGCAUAUUGAAAAAAAUAAAGUACCUUUGAAACCUUCA